UUUUGAAGCUAUAUGAGUUUCUUUCCAUUUUCUGGGAUUGUGAGGUAUCCUAGUAUGACAGAAGAUUGAUGAAUGUGAUUCCAGACUCUGACUUACCCCUUAUAAUUCACUCUAACACUCAAAUUCAUUCUUAAUAUUUUCCAUGGAAUUCCCUCAAUUUUCAUUUUUCUGAAGUAAAUAUAUCUUUCUCCAAUAAUGACUAGUGAAAAUUGUAGCAUGCAGCAGCCAUGCUCUCUAAGUUACUCUGGUGUGGAUCAUGUAAAUGGUAGCAGUCUGAAAACUCCAUCACCAGUCAAGAAUGGUGGAAACAAGCCUAAUGAAGAUGAACUGCAGUACCUGUUUUUGAUACGACGCAUCAUCUCUGAGGGGAAUGAACGCAAAGACCGAACUGGAACUGGUACCAAAUCCAUCUUUGGUGCUCAGAUGAGGUUCUCACUCAGAGAUGGGCAAUUUCCUCUCCUGACCACCAAGAGAGUUUUCUGGCGCGGGAUAGCUGAAGAGCUGCUGUGGUUCAUCCGUGGCAGUACCAAUGCUAGAGAAUUACAAGACAAAAAUGUGCACAUUUGGGAUGGAAACUCCAGCAGAGAGUUCCUCGACAGCCUGGGUUUAACAAGCCGUGAGGAGGGAGACUUGGGUCCAGUUUAUGGUUUCCAGUGGCGACAUUUUGGAGCCAAAUACACGAAUAUGCACGCGGACUACACCGGCCAGGGCGUCGACCAGCUCCUGCAGCUCAUUGAAAGAAUCAAGACAAAUCCCACAGACCGCCGUUUGAUUUUGUCUGCUUGGAACCCAGCUGACAUCCCUGAAAUGGCACUGCCUCCCUGCCAUUGCUUGUGUCAGUUUUACGUUGCCAAUGGCGAGCUGUCUUGUCAGCUGUACCAGCGAUCUGCUGACAUGGGCCUCGGUGUGCCAUUUAACAUCGCCAGCUAUGCUCUGCUCACCUGCAUGAUCGCUCAGGUCACCGGCCUUAAGCCUGGCGAGUUCCUACACACGAUGGGUGACGCGCACGUCUACAUGAACCAUAUAGAGGCCCUGCAAGAACAACUGCUGCGCUCCCCACGCCCUUUUCCCACUCUCGUCCUCAACCCUGACGUGAUGGACAUCGAAAAAUUCUCUAUCGAUGACAUCAAAGUCCUUGACUACAACCCUCAUCCUAAGAUCAGCAUGGAAAUGGCUGUGUAAUAUUAUUUACGUAGUAUCCAUUAUGUAAGUCUUGAAUAUUUCAGCUUUUGUUCAAUUAAUUUUAGUUCAUGUUAUUUUUCCAGAAAAUUUCAUGAAAGUGCUUGUAAAAGAUCUGAAUGUAUCGUGGAGCUCUCUGCUGAUCGGGAUUUAAUUGCCCCUACUAUAAAAGAGAUCUAAUAGUGAUAUUUUCUGGUGUCGCCCGUCAAUAUAUACGACAUACGUACGUGUAUUUUAAAA